AUGGCGUUUCAAGAUUUCGACCUCAUCACAGAACGACGAAAGAACGAGAAGAGACAGCAGCUGAAGAAAAGAAUCCUCAUUGGUGUUAUUGCUACCGUUGUCCUCGUCGGUAUGAUAGGUUGUGCAUUCUUCGUUGCCACCACAAAAUAUGGUCUUGGUGAGCACGAUACCAAGAACGGAGGAUCUCCAACUUCUAACAGCAAUAAACAUGUUGCACAUUCAGAAAAGAUAGUUAAAUUAGUAUGCAGUACCGCAGAUUACAAAGAAAAAUGUGAAGUUCCUCUUAACAAAGCAGUGGAAGAGGAUCCGAAACUUCAACACCCUAAAGAUCUUCUCAAAGUCUACGUUAAAAUUGUCCAAGAAGAAGUUAACAAAGCCUUUAACAAAACAAGCUCAUUCAAGUUCGAUAACGAAAAAGAGAAAGGCGCGUUUGAGGAUUGUAAACUGCUUAUUCAAGAUGCUAGGGAUGACUUAGAAGCCUCUAUCAAUCAACUUUCAGUCGUGGAAUUCAAGAAACUUUCUUUGAAAGCACCUGAGCUGAACAGUUGGUUAAGUGCUGUUAUCUCUUUCCAACAAACAUGUGUCGAUGGUUUUCCCGAAGGAAAAACGAAGACAGAUCUUCAGAAACUCUUUGAUGAUUCUAAGGAAUUUGUCAGCAAUUCUCUUGCUAUUGUGACUCAGGUUUCUACAUUCCUUUCUACCGUUCAGACCCUCGCGCGCGGCCGAUUGUUGUUGUCUGAUAACUCCCCUGUCGCUUCUUUGGAUUCGGAAGGCUUCCCUUCAUGGAUCCGUCCCCAAGAAAGAAGGGUGUUGAAGGCUGCUGAUAUUAGACCUACACCUAAUGUCACUGUCGCAAAAGACGGAAAAGGUGACUUCAAAACCAUCUCCGAGGCUUUGGCAGCCAUCCCUGCAAUCUACCCCGGAAGGUAUGUGAUUUAUGUUAAAGAAGGAGUGUACGACGAAACCGUGACAAUAACGAAGAAAAUGCAAAACGUAACCAUGUAUGGUGAUGGAUCACAAAAGAGUAUUAUCACCGGCAACAAAAACUUCAGGGAUGGUGUCAGAACCUUCCUGACUGCAAGUUUUGUGGUGCUAGGAGAUGGAUUUUUGGGUCUAGCAAUGGGAUUCAGGAACACAGCCGGUCCCGACGGACACCAAGCCGUGGCAGCCCGAGUCCAAGCCGACCGUGCCGUCUUCGCCAACUGCCGUUUCGAGGGUUAUCAAGACACUCUCUACACACAAACACACAGACAAUUCUACCGCAGCUGCAUCGUAGCAGGAACAAUUGACUUCAUCUUCGGCGACGCAGCAGUGAUAUUCCAAAACUGCAUCAUGGUGGUGAGAAAGCCACUGGACAACCAAUCGAACAUGGUGACAGCACAAGGCAGAAUGGACAAACAGCAAGCAACAGGAACAGUUUUACAAAAGUGCACAAUCAAAGCCGAUGAUAAACUAGUCCCUGUAACGAAAAGCAUAAAAAGCUACCUCGGUAGACCAUGGAAGGAGUUUUCAAGAACAAUAGUAAUGGAAACAGAAAUAGGAGAGUUCAUUCAUCCAGAGGGAUGGACAGAAUGGAACGGAAACUUCGCGUUAGAUACAUUGUAUUACGCAGAGUUUAACAACACAGGACCUGGUGCAAGUACCAGUGGUAGAAUCAAAUGGCCUGGUUAUAAGAUUAUUAACAGAGAAGAAGCUAGUAAGUAUACAGUGGCGAAUUUCUUGAAAGGAACAUGGGUUCAAUCCUCAGGUGUGCCUUCAGAACAAGGAAUGUACUAUAAUUGA